AUGAGUGACUCUAUCGUCCACGGGCUUUCCAGCGAAAUCAACGCAUACGAUCAUUAUACGAGUCUGGACGAAACGUUGGGUGCGCCCAUGAGCAUGGACGAUCUUUUCAAGGAAUUUAACUGGGACAAGGAGCUAGACGACUUGAACCUGAACACAGGUGCCAAAGAAAGUGUCUUCGCUCCGACUAGUUAUAUGGAUGGAUCCUUGGGAUCCACCGUCGAUCCCUCGAAAACCAUUACCACAAAGCCUUCGGAGACUCUCACUAUCGACCCCUCGAAACUCAUGAAUAGUAUCGAGCCCUCGGAUACCAUCACUAUCGAGCCUUGGAAGACCAUCAUUACCGAGCCCUUGGAGACUACUAAGGGGCCUUCAAAUACCACCAAAGAGGCCUCAGAGACCCCAUCGAUCUCAUCACCAGUAACCCCAGAUUGCUCUGUACCUAUGCCUCUACCUAUACCGAUGCCCAUGCAUGCGUUCCUCAAGACACUCCAGGAGCCAGUCUUACCCCAGUCAUCAUGUGACUUGGAAGAAGCAUUUAUCCAUGGCCAGAUGUCCAUGUUUCAAGAGCGUCUCGCGGUUAUUCAAAAGCAAAAGUUUCAAACAAAACAGGGCUUUCAGAAACAACAACAACAAGAAGAAGAAGAAGAAGAAGAAGAAGAAGAAGGGCUUCAGCAACGACACGAGCUUCAGAAACUACAAGAGCUUCAGAAACGACAAGAGUUUCAGCAACGGCAUGGACUUCAGCCACCGCAGAGACUUCAGCAACAACCCUGUCCUUAUGUUCCCCAAGAAAUGCCAUCCUCCCCCCCAGCUGACCUCUUGGAUACACCCUCCGACAAAUGGCCACUUUGA